GCAGUGUGUAUCUGGCCCGACUGGGAGAGUUGAGGAGGAGACUAAUCAAGCAUUUUCUCAAGCCAACCAACAAGCCCCAGCACACAAGAGACAUCUCAAGAGAAACUACAACUGAACUGCAUCAAAAAACCAAACAACAAACGACGAACGAAGAACAUAAAUACACAUGGAGGAAUCAGACAGGAUAGCAGUCGCUGCCUCCAGAGCACUCCAGCAGAUCAGCUCAUCAGCCCAUGCACGAUCACUACCAACAACACCCAGACCACCACCACCACCAGCAGCAGCUGCCAGCUCAGAGCAACAGGAUGAGAUCCUAGACAUCUUCAUGUCCCCAGACAAACCCAAGUCAAGACUAAGACAACGAGCCGAGAACAGUGCCAAGAAGUUCAACCCCAAGAAACCAAUCCUCCAGGCGGACAAUAACCUCACCGAACACUUCGUCCUCAAUCUUGGCAUACCCAGCAAACCCACACCAGACCCAAAAGCACUCGCCGACUACAAACCACCAACGAGGCGCUCGAUCGGACCCCGUCGGUCAUCUGUCGUCUCCAAGAGAGCCAGCAGUCCCACCAAAUCACCCAAACCACCCAUCGAGCUCCUACUCGACGACCUCGAUAUCCUCGAUCGAUCUCGAGCCAGCAAGAGCCCAUUCGAACCUAAGAAACCAGUACCGCAAUCGAUACCCAAGAUUCGCUCGAAUCCCACCAAGAAAUCAACCACCAGUCGAUCCAAAAUCACAACCAAGGCUCGUCGUUUGACCACUCAAGAUAUCCCAUCUGACCAGGAGGAUAAUCAUCAUCAAAAGAUUCCCAAAACAUCUAUCCCCAGUAUGGACUGUCACGGCUCUGAUUCAUGUCUGGCAGAUCAAGCCCAACCAGCCGAUCACCAUUCGGAUUGCUCUAGUGAUUCGUUUGACGCCAACAUCUUAGUAGUUCAGCCCAAAACAGAAGAGCUAGCACAAGAAGAUUCAAUCAUCAUCAACCCCGUCAGACCGGCAACGCGUACCCGAGCUGGGAUGAAACCCAAACGAGUGAUUGCAGACAGUGAAGAAGAAGAAGAAGGAGAAGGAGAAGGAGAAGCUAAUGAGGAUAGCCGGUCUCUCCGCUCGACCUCAUUCUCCUCAUCAAAGUCCCCUAGAUCCUCUACCAACAAGGCCCCGCCGCCUCGUCGUAGCCAACGUAAAAGCUCUAUAAGAGCCAGUCACAGCCAGCAAAAAUCUUCAGCUGUCAACGAAAUCAUCGAUGUCGAGAGUGAUGAUUCGAUCGAGAUCAACCCUUCUCGAGCCCUUCAAUUCCAAAAACUUCGCUCACAGGCGCUCACGACGGGUAGCUAUUCAACCAGUUGCGAUCCUUUAAAUGGAUCGAUAUCACAAAAAAGCCGUCAAAAUACAGAUGCAAUCGCCCUCCAAACCAAUCGGCGUUUGGUGAUAAGUAGUGAUGAAAGUUCAAGUGGUGAAGAUGAUAUCCAACUCAAACAGGAAGAUAACCCUUCUGAGUCUUCUCCAAAGCCGAUUCCAGGAAACAGAAGACUCCAGGUCAUCAGUAGCGAUGACGAUAAAGAAGAAAUCCAAAUCAAGUCCAUUGAUAAUCGUACCAAGCCUUCCCCCAAACCGAUCCCUGCAAACAGGAGACCUCAGGUCAUCAGCAGCGAUGAGAGUGGCGAUGACCAAAUCCAAAUCAAAUCUAAAGAUACUUGUCCCACGUCUUCUCCAAAACCGAUUCCAGGAAACAGAAGACGCCAGGUCAUGGGCAGUGAUGAAAGCUCGAGCGGCGAAGAAGAAAUCCAAAUCAAAGUAAAAGAGAAUCGUCCCAAGUCUUCCCCGAAACCAGUCCCAGCGACCGAGAGCGACAAACCGAAGGCCAAGGCAGGAGAAGGAGGAGGGACAUCCAAGAGCCGAGGUACUCCGACGAAAAAGCCAACAAAGUCAACCGCCAAGACGCCACUGAAGAAAGACCUGGCGUCACUUCCGUUUGUCGAAGUCCGAGAAGAGAUGGCCGAGGAGUUGCUGGUCGAGCUGAACAGGAAGGUCUUCGGCCGCAAGCUGCCGCCCAUCGAGCUGUUCUGGAGCAAACGCUUGAAUACUACCGCCGGCAGAGCUCAUUACGUCCACGUGACAGAUGCUCUCGGCAACCGCGUCCCCCGCGCUAGGGUCGAGUUGGCCUCCAAGGUCGUUGACGAUAUCCACAAACUCAGGAGCACUCUUGCCCAUGAACUCUGCCAUGUCGCUUGUUGGUUCAUCGACCAUAAAAUGAGAGAAAACCAUGGUCGAUUCUUUCAAGCUUGGGGUCGCAAGGUCAAUAAGUCCAUACCAGACAUUGUGGUGACUACGAGACACAGCUACGAAAUCAGUUAUAAAUUCAAAUGGGCGUGUGAUCGAUCAGGAUGCAACAGAGUAUUUGGGAGACAUUCGGAUUCGAUCAAGCCAGAACGUCAAAGAUGUGGGUGUGGAGGCCGAUUGGUGGGGAUUCUAAGGAACGGGAAAGAGGUUGUUGCGCCGGCGACGCCAGCAUCGGUAACGACACCAAGCAGCCCACCAGACUCGUCUGUGGAGCUGCUGAUCGAUCUUGAUUCGCCGGAUGAGUGUACGGACCACGAGGUCCGUCCGGGCCGCUCCUCUGAGCCCUCUUCUCCCCCCUCGACAACCACUUCCACCAGCGUAUCAACACCGAACCCUUACCUCUCCGAGUUGGAGGAAAUCGAUCCGGUUCAGUUCCUGAACCCAUAUCUUCAGGCUCUCGUCCUCUUCGAUCCCGUCCCCUUCCAUCCUAACACUCAUCUUGUUCAUCGUCCUCCUCCUCCUGCUGCUGCUGUUGCCCCUUCUGGUCAUCGUACUGCUGCCUCCGAUCUCUUGGUCGAUUAGUCCAACCUUGUCUCUGUCGUCCUCAAUCGAUUCCUUUCCCUCGUUCUUGAGUGUUCUUGAUCUUCAUUUCUUGAUAUAUUUAUGUACUUUUAAACCUCUCUAUAUAAGUAAACAAAUAAACCAUCAAACCCUUUUAAAAAAAUACCUAUCUACAUCUUAUGCCUAUACCUCGUUUUUUUUUCUCCCAAAAAAUAUCAUCCUUCCCAUUGUCUAUCUUUUUUUUUUCUUGAUAUGUUGUCUGUUUUACCCUUCCUUUUUUUGUCUCGUUAUGUGAUGCUUGAAUAACUCGACUUUUCUUUUUCCUUUUGAUUGUUAUUUGUUGACCGUCAUAUCUGAGACUUUGAUGAUAAAUCAG